CGGAUUAACACAUGUUAGCAGUAGUUUGAACGCAGGAUUGGGUGUUUAACGGCAAGAGUUAAGUGAUACGACUUAGAGGUGCCAUGAAAAUGGAUACUACAAUGAAUUCAAACACUGGAAAACCUGUGAAAGUGAAGAAUAAUUUUACGAUUGAACACCUGUUGUCAAAACCGGAUAGCUUCAAGCCAGUGCAACUUGAGCAUAGUGAUAUGGGUGUAUUCUCGGGGUUGCAAAGUGAAACGAGAGAUCAGUACCAAGGAGCUUUAGACAGCGGAGAAAGAAUCGAACAUGGCGCCGGGUCCCAGACCUUUAUGGAUUGUGCAAAUUCACCGGAGUCCAGCUGUAACGAAGACACUAUGGAUAAUUGCAGUGAAACGGCCUCGGAGGAGAACAGCAUGGGAACCAACGACGAUCGCAAGAAACGACCGAGGACGGCGUUUUCCGCUGCCCAGAUAAAGGCGUUGGAGACGGAAUUCGAGCGUGGAAAAUAUCUGUCAGUAGCCAAGCGAACGGCUUUGGCUAAGUCACUGCACCUCACCGAGACGCAAAUCAAAAUUUGGUUCCAAAAUAGACGAACGAAGUGGAAACGAAAAUACACGGCGGAUGUGGAACAACUUGCCUCACACUACUACUCACAACUCGGGAUCGGAAACUUUGCUCGUCCGAUGGUGGUUGGAGAUCGUUUGUGGUUGUUCAGCCAAACACCAACCGGUCCAUCACCGGUUCAAUCGUUUCUGUUAAACAAUCAACCUGCCCUCGGUCCAACACAUCCAGCUAUGAGACAGUAUCAGUCCCUGACGCCUUCAACUGCUGGCACACCAACCUUCGCUACUCGACCUAGUAACGGAUACACGGUCAACUAUCUCCACAAAUCUCCGCCGAUUCCAACUCAGACAUCGUCCAGCUUCUUCAACCGUCUUCCAGUCGGCUUCAAACCGACCACCGAUGAAUCAACUAACUACUACAAAAGCCCUCACGAAUUGGUAGACAGCUACUAUGGACUACCAAAGUUUGGCCCAAGUGAGCUAGUAAAUAGCGGAGAAAGUCCACCGGUCGGUUCCGGCUCUGGGAUUGCUGAUUUGGAGCGUGCCUUCGGAAAUCCCAGCGUGCUUCUAGAUGGCCAGAGCUCAACAGCUCGCACUAUCGUACCACCUCUUGAGCACAAUCUACCUAGUUCGACGAGCCGAAAAAGACUCAGGGAGGAGUCGUCGGUGGAUUCAUCGAGUGAAAUUGACUGUGAAGAAUUGGACGAAAAAGACUAAAUGUAAAAUGCUGGUACCUUAAUGCC